AUGUCUAACAGAUCUUUUUCCGACAAGGACGAACAACCUUCAGUGAUGAACAGGACACGAGACAUUAUGGCAUUGACCUGCCUGAUAUUUCUCAUACUGUCAAAGUUUGAGAUGGCCAGCGGAAAAGUCCUUGAGGAAACGUAUCAGAAGUGGGUCCAGUACAAAGAAGACUGCGUGAAAAUGAUAUUAAAUGACCCGCUGCCUCAAGUGGGCUUCUUCUGUAACAGGACAUUUGACAAAUACGCCUGCUGGCCAGACACUCCUGCCUUCUCUGAAGUCAACAUCUCGUGUCCUUUCUACUUGCCCUGGUAUGACAAAGUGUCCCAGGGAGUCGUGCGUCGGAGGUGCGGCUCUGACGGCCACUGGGAGAGAGAUGACAGCGGGCAGGUGUGGAGAGACAUGUCCCAGUGUGAGGAGGAGAAAGAGGUCACGUCUCAGGAGCUGUGGUUCAAACAACUGAUGGUGAGCUUCAGGAUGCUGUACACUGUCGGCUAUUCCCUUUCCCUCUUCAUGCUCAUCACAGCUCUUAUUGUUCUUCUGAGCUUCAGGAAACUGCAUUGCUUCAGGAAUUACAUCCACGCGAACCUUUUCCUCUCCUUCAUCCUGCGAGCUGUUUCCGUCAUCGUUAAGGACACCAUGCUAGAACGCCACUGGGGACGAGAAAUCAUGAAGCAGACCGACGUGAGAGAGAUACUCAGCCACCAGGCUGCUAUUGGCUGCCGGAUAGCCCAGUUGAUGAUGCAGUACUGUGUCCUGGCCAAUCAAUCUUGGUUCUUCGGAGAGGCCAUUUAUUUGUACUCUGUGCUUAUAGCAUCAGUGUUCAUGGACAACAACAAAUACUUGCGUUACAUCUUACUUGGCUGGGGAACACCGCUUCUAUUUGUGGUUCCCUGGGUGGUGAUGAAGCUCUUGAAAGAAAACAAAGAGUGCUGGGCUCUCAAUGAGAACAUGGGCUACUGGUGGAUCAUUCGUUUCCCCAUUCUUUUAGCAUCACUAAUCAACUUUCUGAUUUUCAUGAAGAUCCUGAAGGUCAUUUUUUCCAAAUUACGAGCCAGCAACCAGACUGGAUACCCUGAUUACAAACUUCGGCUCGCCAAGGCAACGCUCACCCUCAUUCCUCUGUUCGGGAUUCAUGAGAUCAUAUUCAUUUUUGCUACAGAUGAGCAGACGACAGGUGUUCUGCGCUACACCAAGGUUUUCUUCACCCUUUUUCUCAAUUCAUUUCAGGGUUUUCUGGUGGCUGUGCUCUACUGCUAUGCCAAUAAAGAGGUGAGGACCGAGCUGAGACGGAAGUUAGGCAACUGGAGGAUAAAGGCAGAGACUGUGUGCUGUGGAAAGUGACUAGACGGGCUCGACUCUCGAGAUGAUACUUUCUCCAUCGCCACGGUGCCAGAGCGCAACAGAUCCUCUGCCAUAAUGAUGAGGGCGAUGCCUGAUGGUUCACCCACCCCCGACUGUUUGUUGAUCUCGGGGCAGGAAAUUCAGCCA